UUUUUAGCCGUUAACUAGUAGACUAUAGACGCUUUUUAUGAAAAUACAAAUAAAGAAAAUUAGAAAAAAAAAACAAAUUUCUUGUGCUGGUUAAAUAAACACAGCUAACUACUAACAAACUAUUUAACUUAACUGUCCCUUAAAUAAAACGGUUUCUUAUUUCGAAUUUCUUUAAAAAAAGAAAUUGUAUUAAAAAAGUGUAAAUUAAAAAAAAUAUUUUAAACAAAAAAAAGUUUUGUUUAAAGGUGACAUUAAAAAAGGAAAAAAUCAAAAUUGAUUAAACAAUUGCAUUAAAUAAAACGUUGCCUAGGCAAAUUAUAGAUAAUUUGUUAAAGAUAAACAACAGCAACAAUAAAAUAAAUAAAAAUUCAAGAGAAAAAAAAAAAAGAAAAUUUUAUAAAAUUAGAAAAAGAAACAUAAAUUACAGAAUAAAGUGUUUUUUAUAGCAAAACAAAAGGUUUCUUUGUUAAAAUAAAGCCAAAAAUAUGGGUUGUAAUACCAGUCAGGAAUUAAAAACCAAAGAAGGUUCCAACAAUGCCGUUAACGGUUCGGCCCAAAAUGAUGAUAACAACACUUGUGAACAAAACACAAACAAUGAAGAUGCCCAACAACAAAAGGGUGCGGUUUCCGGCGAACAUCAAACCUCACAGACGAACUCAGCCUCUAACCAUCAGCAUUCGAAAACAAAUUCACUCAUUUCGAAUGGUGGCGGUGAUAAUAGCCUUAAUCACUCCUCAAAAUCAUCGGCCAAUUCUAAACAAUCCACCGUAUCGCCAGCCAAGGAGAAUGGUUCAUUGCUAAAACAACAAAUACAAUCAUAUAAUAAGGCCGAAUUAACGGAAUUCAAUGAUAUCGAUAUGGAUGGUGAAGAUGAAGGUGAGUGAGUCAUAUUUCCUCUGCUAGGAAAAGCCACAAAAAAA